CUGCUUCCUGCAAAGCCCUGGGCGAGCCAGAUCGGAAAGAAGAAGAAGGAGGAGAAGGAGAAGGAGGCAGAAAGGAAGGAAGAGGAGAAGAAAGAGCAGCAGAAGAGCCAUGGACAGCCAGGGCCGCUGCGUGGUGGUCUGUGACAAUGGCACUGGGUUUGUAAAGUGUGGCUAUGCUGGAUCCAACUUCCCUGAACACAUCUUCCCAGCCUUGGUUGGACGCCCCAUCAUCCGCUCCACCACCAAAGUGGGCAACAUUGAGAUCAAGGACCUGAUGGUUGGGGACGAAGCCAGCGAACUGCGCUCCAUGCUGGAGGUGAACUACCCCAUGGAGAAUGGGAUCGUGCGCAACUGGGAUGACAUGAAGUAUCUGUGGGAUUACACCUUCGGGCCCGAGAAACUCAACAUCGAGCCCCGCAACUGCAAGAUCCUGCUCACCGAGCCCCCCAUGAACCCCACCAAGAACCGAGAGAAGAUCAUCGAGGUGAUGUUUGAGACAUACCAGUUUGAUGGCGUCUACAUUGCUAUCCAGGCGGUGCUCACCCUCUAUGCCCAGGGGCUUCUCACUGGCGUGGUGGUGGAUUCAGGGGACGGCGUCACCCACAUCUGCCCGGUCUAUGAGGGUUUCUCUCUGCCCCAUCUCACCCGACGGCUGGAUAUCGCAGGCCGGGACAUUACACGGUACCUGAUCAAGCUGUUGCUACUGCGUGGUUAUGCCUUCAACCACUCCGCCGACUUUGAAACGGUGCGGAUGAUGAAGGAGAAGCUCUGCUACGUCGGUUACAACAUCGAUCAGGAACAGAAGCUCGCCCAAGAGACCACGGUGCUUGUGGAGUCCUACACGCUGCCAGACGGGCGAGUGAUCAAAGUCGGUGGGGAGCGUUUUGAGGCCCCCGAAGCCUUGUUCCAGCCCCAUCUUAUAAAUGUAGAAGGUGUGGGUGUCGCGGAGCUCCUUUUCAACACCAUCCAGGCAGCCGACAUCGACACUCGGGCUGAGUUUUACAAACACAUUGUCCUUUCGGGAGGUUCGACCAUGUACCCGGGGCUGCCGUCCCGCCUCGAACGGGAAAUCAAGCAGCUGUACUUGGAACGGGUGCUGAAGGGAGACGUGGAAAAGCUGUCGAAAUUCAAGAUCCGCAUUGAGGACCCUCCGCGCAGGAAGCACAUGGUGUUCCUCGGCGGCGCAGUGCUUGCCGACAUCAUGAAAGACAAGGACAGCUUUUGGCUCCAACGGUCGGAGUAUCUGGAGAAGGGGACCCGGAUUUUGGAGAAGCUGGGAGUCACCGUCCGAUAGGAGCGUUCCCGUCCCAUUGCCUCAGUACCUUCCAGCUUAUUUUCUUUCCCUUCUGCUUCUUCUGCGGUUGAUCUACCGCAAUGCAGAUUUUUCUAUCAAUGGUAUAUGUGCAUCCUGGCUUGGGAUCGGCAAAAGAGCACAUUGAACAGAUAAGAGGAGGGGGCCAUUACAUGCCUCGGGGAUUGUCUUGUCCCUUCUUUUUCCUCCUUAUAAUUUGCUUGUCCUCAUAGAGUUUGAAGCAGCAGUCCCUAUUAUGUAGGAAAGAAGGUCCUCCUUAAAAGAAAGCCAAUCCUAUCCCGCUCUUAAAGCAACUGCAGCUCCUAUCAUCCACUGAGUCCAGCAUGAGCUUGCCCACAUGUGCCUUUAACGCUUAAUGCUCCAUGCGUCUCCUGAAAAGCUUAAGCUUCUUUGCUCAGGGACUUCAUUCAUUCCCAGCCUCCCUUUCCUUUCCCAAAACGGAAGCCAGUUUUUAGGUCUCAGGGCCAUUAGAAAAGACACAUAUGGUUAAUUUCAACUAGAGGUGGAUUGAAUGGUUGAAUAGUCCAUCAACACUUACGUAAAUUCUUAUGCAAAGGGAUCUUUUGUAGCAUCUUUGAGACUUAACUGAAAGAAAGAUGGGAGCACGAACUCCGGUGAAGUAAAGUCUCCGAAAGCUUAUGCUAUACCAUUUCAGUUUCAAGAUCCUGUUGCAUACUGCUUCUCCAUACUAACACAGCUGUGUCUUUGAAUGAAGGAAAUGAUCCCAAAUUCACAAAAAACAAUACCUUUAUGGGGCCAAACUAAAUGCACAAAGUACGGGUUGCAAGCUUUCGAAGCUCCGCUGGCUUCUUCAGCAGGCUAAGUGCAUUUGGGGACAAGUAAUACAUACAAUAUUUUCCGACGCAGCCUUACAAGAGGUCUAGUAGAGCUUCCUAGCUGUCCCCUUUUUGUGCUGCAACACACAUUAUGGUCAACCAGUAGCCAUUCUGGCCAAGGCUGAUGGGAACUGGAAUCCCUCUGGAGGUCUCCAAUCCUGUAUUGGAAACAGGACCAAGGUUCAUCUCAUUUCACCUUUAUGUUCCCAGAGAGCUAAGGGACCAAGAAACACAGUUCUCUCUCUGUUCUUACCAUCCUUCUCCAGUUAGCCACAAAAAUCUCCUUCGGCAGCUGAAUAUCAACUACCGGGAGGAGAUAUACUUGAUGGCUUAUUUCUGCUAUGCAUUGGAGUUGGGGAUAAGAUAAGAUUUGUAUAGGAUGCAUAGGAUUUGGGGUGCCACCCAGAUCCAUUGCAGAGUACCUUCCCGCGUUCUUUGUAUUCAUGGCAGCAAGAUGGGGGGGGUAAAAAACCAAACUUGUUACACACUCCUUCCUUUGUUGUCCUUUUUUUUUAAUGAAAAAGAAAAUGAUCGAUUAAAAAACAAAAUUGCUUUACAACCUAA